AUGUUGCUCGUUUUGCAAGGUGAUUGCGAGCGAGAAAAGAUCAACGUCGCCGUCAUCGUGCCAGGAUCUCUAAUACAGUACAACCCGUAUCCGAUUAAUUUGGACAUGACUUUGUCCGGGAUCGACAUUGCAGUCCAGAGCGAGCGUGUACGCCAAUAUUUACCCAACUAUGAGCUGGUGGUCGAUUACACCGACUCCGAAUGUUCGCUGACUAUCGGUCCCGUUCGUGCCAUGGAGUUCGUUAUGCGGCAAUCCGUCCACGUGUUCUUAGGCCCGGUAUGCGACUACGCCGCUGCGCCCGUUGCAAGGUACACCAGAUAUUGGAAUAUCCCGAUGUUGUCGGCUGGUACAAUGUCCGAUCAUUUCGGUAGAAAAGAUGAAUUCUUUCUCGUUCGAAUGAUGAGUUCGUAUUCCCAUAUGAAAACAACCAUGGCCGAUAUUUUAGAAUAUUACCACUUCAAACACGUUGCCAUGCUAACAGAUGACGAGCCGAUGGAUCAAAACCGUAGAAUCUGCGCACUGGAAAUUAACGCAAUUUGGUCGGAACUUUACGACGUACGUGGCUACCCGGAACCAUACUAUCAAGAUUUCGACCAAUACAGUUUUGAAAAAGAAAACUACAGCUCGAUGUUAUUAGAUGCAAGCAAACACGCCAGGGUCUGUUUGUUAGUUAGCUUUAUUGCGCAUGCCGUUGCCGCUUCGUACGAAAUACGAAUCGGGGCAAUGAUUACAGAGCCGGGGCAUUUUCACGUUUCCGAUAAUUUAAACAUUGAUCUCAUGUACCCGUACGUAAAACCUAUGAUUGCACCGGGUAUUGAUAUUGCGGUAGAAAAAGUGCGAAAUGAUCGUAAUCUACUGACGGAUGCCAAUAUAUCCGUGGCCUACGUCGAUUCCGAGUGUUCAAACCAUGCCUCGAUGAUACGAGCUGUGGAACUCAUGGGAAAUAUUAAGGGACUCGGUGUGGAGGCAUUCUUUGGACCCGCUUGUGAAUACGCCGCUGCGCCCGUUGCAAGAUUCGCCUCACAUUGGCAAAUCCCGAUAUUAACAACGGGGGCGAAAGCCCAGACCUUCGGACACAAGACGCAAAAGGAAUACGAAAUGAUCACGAGGGCUCACCCUCCUCACAUCAAAAUGGCGGAGGCGUUUGUGGAGGUGUUACAAUAUUUUAAUUGGAAGCGAAUAGCAGUAUUACACCAAGACGACGGUACUCGUCCUUUCCGGGAUUGUUGGUUUUUCAACGCUGCGCUCCUUGCAGCCAUGACAGCUGCUGGAAUCGAGUACCCAGACGAAAAACGUUACGAGACGUUCAGUGAAUAUUCCCCGACAGAAGCGGACCACGAUUACUCCGAGCUGCUGAAAACGAUGGUUAUACCCCAGGCUAGAA